GACUGGUAGACUGUCCGGGAGCUUUACUGCAGCUGCAGCUCUUCAUUCAGAUGCUGAGAGGAGCAGUGGAUCGCCAACGGAGGAGGGGACUUUUUGUCUUGCAAAGGGGGGUGGGGGAAAACAAGAGACAGCCCAUUUUUAAUCUCAUUUCGCUCCCUUCCAUACUCACUUUGAUGCAUACUGAGGGAUUUUCCAGCUGCCUGUAAUCGUUAAUGUGGGGAAGCGCUGCCCUGGAUGCAGACAGAGGAUUGCGGCAAUCCAAGGCACCCUGAAUGAUCGGAUCUUAGCAGCACCAGCAGCAUCUCAUUGUAUGAAAUGCGUCACCACGAUCCGGUUUACACAUUUCAGCCCUGCACUCACAGACUGUUUUAUGUGAUUACUGCUUUGCCAGGUGCAGGUAACCACAUGUGCGGGCCGGUGUCACCGCGCUGAGCCCAGAGAGCACGAAGGAUAUCAGGGGUCAGUGAGACAAGAGUGCUCGGCAGCGGGGGAAAACCAGGCGGACCGGAUGACGUCCAGAACCGCCGAGGCCUCUGGGGUGCCGGCGCCUCCGCAGCGCUGCCUCGGCGGUCUCCAGACCAACAAUGGCACCUGCGCGGAGCAGCUCAGCGUCAGCCUCUUCCCGCCGCUUUCUUCCACCCUCGCGCUCCUCGUGCUGGUGGCUGUUCUCGUUGGGAUCAUCCUCGUUUCCCUGGCAACGUUCCUCUUCCACAAGAGGAAGCUCCGGAACAGGAAGAUCCAGCGCGCGCAGGAGGAAUACGAGCGCGACAGUCGUAGCCCCGCGCGCGCAGGCCCCGGCGCUGGGGAGCCCGCAAGGCCGUGCGUCAUCGUGCGACCGGUGAGGCGUGACGAGAAGCCCUCGAGCCGGAGCGUGGACAGCGAGGACAAACAGACAGUUCCACUUGACUGUUAACUCCGAGAAACUUCAGGGAAUGAGACUGUGGAAUAAACCGGAAAA